ACAUUAUUAUCAGAUGUUUUUGUUUACUUGGAGAUAACGAGCCGGUUAUCUGUCAUAAUUGCUACAAAAGCCGGCUAAAUAAGCGGAAGUAUUAAGAUAUUUUUCUCAUUCCAGCUUUCCUAUAUCUAUUGUCAUACCGUUUCAUCACUAAGAAGCAAACUAUUGACUGUUUUGCAGUAAAAUAACCUUUCAACUCUUUUAUUCAUCAAAUUUUUUAAAUAUAACUUAUAUUUUUCCUGAUUAUUUCAGUCUUUAUGCGAUGUGGGAAAAUGUGUUGCAUCCUUUGCGUUUACAAAACCUUGCACGUGAAUGGUUAUUGGAAGACACCAGCAGUUUUGAUUUCGGUGGAGGUGUUGUAGGAGAUCAGCGGUGUGAGUUCACAAUUUACAUGAAAUCUCCUGGUGUAUUGGCAGGUAUUCCUUUUGUCAAUGCUAUUUUUGCAGAACUUAAUCUUCAGGUGACAUGGUUACAGAAAGAAGGGGAUCGCCUGCGUCCAAUAACAGAAGUUGCCAAAGUUAGUGGACCAUCCAAAAGUUUACUUCUAUCUGAGCGGGUAGCAUUAAAUGUAUUGAGUCGAGCCAGUGGUGUGGCCACUGCAGCUGCAAGAAUGAUGGAUAUAAUUCAGAAAGCUGGUUGGAGAGGAACAAUUGCUGGUUCUCGUAAAACCACACCAGGAUUUCGAAUGGUAGAAAAAUAUGCAUUGAUGGUUGGUGGUGUGGACAUGCACCGAUAUGAUUUAUCUAGCAUGAUUAUGUUGAAAGAUAAUCAUAUCACACUAGCAGGAUCAAUUGAUCAAGCCAUAAAAAAAGCACGUCAGCUGAGUGGCUUUGCUCUCAAAAUUGAAGUUGAAUGCCGUUCCAUAGCUGAAGCUCAAGAAGCGUGUCAAUCAAAUUGUGAUAUUGUGAUGCUUGACAAUUUUGAUCCUGAAGAGGGCAAGCGUGCUGCUCUGACAUUGAAGCUUCAAUAUCCGAAUGUGCUUGUGGAGGUCAGUGGAGGCAUCACUGAGCAAAAUGUUCUCCUAUAUGCCAGUCCCUGGACAGAUAUUCUGUCCAGCAGCUCCCUAAUACAAGGUUAUCCCACGCUUGACUUCUCCAUGAAGGUUUCGCCUACGAGGGGUAUAGCACAUUCUCUGGAUUGUUUGGACUAAUUAAUAGUGCUUAAGCAGCUGUCUUGCCUUUAGAAUUAACAAGCGUCUUUUUUCUGUGUGUUUUUCUUUUUUUUUUUUUGUCCCCCCUUAUUUUAACUUUGUUUUUUAAUAUAUUUUUUUCAUAAAGUUUUCUGUUUACUCAUUCCAGAAUAUAACUUUUUUUUGUUGUUGUUGUUUAGGUACAAUUUUGAAAUAACGAAAUAGCAAAUAUUGUUUUUCAAAGAAUUUUUUUUUAACUUGUUGAGUUUACUA